AUGGCCCCGCGUAGCGCCCUCCUCAUCCUAGGGAUCCAGAAUGAAUUUCUCGAUCCUGAUAUCGGCCGUUGCAUCAUGGCCGCUCCCCCUCGCGGGAGCCCGUCCUUCGUCGAUAACAUCAAGGCCUUCGUCCCGCACUUUCGCGCAAACGGUGGCGACGUCAUCUGGGUGCGGAGCGAGUACCAAAAACCACGUGAUUUUAUCGACCCUCGCAGCAACGAGACCGUGCUCAUAAUACAUGACGACGACGACUCGUCCGACUCUGAGACGGAGCACAACAACCGCAAACCUAGAGGCAAUGAGGCUGGUGGAGGAGCGGGAGCAGGAACAGCAGGGACAGCAGGGACAGCAGGAAUAGCAGGAGGCAGAAGACCUCGCGCUGGUUCAAGCCCUAGACCGAGGCUUGCGAAUGGCGCAAGACCUCCGCUACGCUCCGACGCGUUCCUGGCGAUUGAGAGCCAGCAUCCGCCGUGUAAGCCGGGGACUCCUGCGUGCGAGUUUCACCCGUCAAUUGUUUCGUCGAUCAAAUCGCCGCCUGAUAAGAUCCUGGUGAAGACGUGGUUCUCGGCCUUCAAGGAUACAGGCCUUCUUGAGACGCUGAGAGGAAGGUUCGUCUCGGAGCUGUACAUAUGUGGAGUUCUCACCAAUAUAUGUGUCCUUGCAACGGCAGCCGAAGCAGCUAAGCAUGGGUUGAAUACUUAUGUGUUGCAGGACUGUUUAGGAUACAGGAAUCUAACAGCUCACCAGGAGUCAUUGAAGGUCAUGGUUCAAGAUUACGUGGUGGAGGAGGUUACGAGUGGAUCAUUGGUGAAGAACUGGGAGAGACGGAGGUUGAAGGCUGGGGGUAAUGGUGGUAAUAACGAUAACGGAUCAGCCGGUAUUCAAUUGGGGGCCACGAGCCUUUCGAAGGAACAGUUGGUUGCGAUGGUGUCUGGGCUGAAGGUGGUAGGAGGUGAGAGCAGUGGUGAGAGUACUAAGAAAUCACCUGCAGAACCUGUCAAGGAAGUGAUGGCGGAAACUGCGGCUACCCCGCUAGACGACGACAAAUCUGUCCUCCCAGCUGAUCUAGCGCCGAUCAAUGAAGAAGAUUAUGAGAUCUUGAAGUCAGCAAGGAGCGCCUACAAGGCGAAGGCAGUAAUGGGGGGUACUGGUGUAAAUGAGGUAUCCGCAGCAGGCGCAGGCAAGAAUGAUAACGAGCCCGGCGAUGAGGGGAGGAAAAAGGAUGAAAAGCAGCAGUUCUUCCGGAAACCCAAGGUUCGAUUCAAAAUCUCCGAUCUUGGGAGAAUGGGAUUUUCUUGGCUGAAGAAAGAGGUAGCCUGGAGGACCAUGUACCAUCGUGGUGGCGAGGUUCCAAGAAUGGUCGCAGUGGAAGGGGUAAUUGAUGAUGAUGGUGAUGAGAGAAGUUUCCCGAUAUAUCGCCAUCCGGCUGAUGAGUCGCCUCCUCUUCUACCAUUCUCCCCAACGGUACAGCGCAUCGUGGAGUGCGUCCAAAAGGUCCUAAAACACCCAGUUAAUCACGUCCUGAUCCAACACUACCGUGACGGCAAUGAUUACAUCUCUGAACACUCUGAUAAGACCCUCGAUAUUGUGCGAGGAUCUAAAAUCGUAAAUGUCAGCCUGGGCGCUCAGCGAACCAUGGUUCUCCGAACAAAAAAGGAUGCCGCAAAGCAAAAAGCUGCCGAAUCAACAUCCCAAGAGCAGUCAAACCGGCCAGAAGACCAUGGUCCGGAACGAACGACCCAACGUAUACCACUUCCUCAUAACUCGAUGUUUGUCCUAGGCCUUGAAACAAACAAAAGGUGGCUUCAUGGAAUUCGACAAGACCGCCGUGAGAAAGGCCUCAAGACCGCCCAGGAAAUGUCACACAACGGCGAAAGGAUCUCCUUAACCUUCCGCCAUAUUGGGACUUUCCUUUCAGACAAAGAAAAAGAAAUAUGGGGCCAAGGUGCCGUCUCCAAAUCCAAGGCCGAGCGACGGCCUGUUGUCAACGGCGACGAUCCAGAAACUCAAAGGCUGAUUGAAGCCUUUGGCUCUGAAAACCAUCAAAGUGACUUUGACUGGGACGCAGCCUAUGGCGGCGGCUUUGACGUCUUACAUUUCGUCCCACAGCUACCAAAACUCUUUUUUACAAAAGGUGAUAUCGGCAGCAUGCAAGUCCGCAUGUGCCUAUUGGAGAAAGGAAUUGUGUUCACUCCUUAUGAACUGGAGCCCAAUGAAACAAGCUCACCUUCCUUCCGCGUUUUGAGCCCUCGAGGCACCACUCCAGUGUUUGUGGAUGUUGACCCCGAGAAAACAAUGGUUUGUGAGGCAGUUUCAAUCCUUCAACACAUUGAAAUGUUCUAUCCCUCCAAAGACCCUGAGAAAUUCCUGCUGCCGUCCCCCACAGAUGAAAGGGCCGCUUUUUCGAGGGUUCUACAACACAUGCAGGAAAGUGAAAAACUACACAAAGUAUUGGAAAGUGACAACCAGGCGGCGAUCGAUGCCGAGCUGGAGAUUUGGGACGCGCGCUUAUUUAGGACGAAAGGGUAUCUAUCGGGAUCUGAUAUUAGUCUUGACGAUAUCGCUGUGUGGCCAGUCCUGGAGAACUAUAUGAAGCGAACUGGGUUAGAGCAUCUGAUGAAGUUUAGUGAAUUGGAUACGUGGUACAGACUCGUUAAGGAAUGCGACAGUGUCCAGGUUUUAUCUAAAGAGGUGGUUAGAGAUGCGGAAUCAGAAACAGAUGGGUUAGAAAACAUUAUGGCAAGCCUAAAGUUGGAGUCAGAGGUGAAGGAGACUUAA